CAACUCAAUACAACUUCGUAGGUGUUACUCAUUGGGAGAGAGGAAGUAAAAUAAGGGAAUUCUCACUCCUAAGUCCGUGAUGAGAUAAAUUUUUGUGACACUAAGUCAUGAUUGAUCAGCUCAAAAGUUUGUAUAAUAUUAGGACUAUGAAUAAUUUUAGCAUACUGUUUUCCAAUUUUGGAGAACUUUAACUCUAUUUUGUAUAAUAAGAUUGUUAUCAAGCGUUUGAAUUUGAUCUAGAUAACUUUUAAUCAUUUUUUUUUAACUGAUUUGACAAUUGGUGUACACCUGAUUUAUUUAAAUAUCAUAAAUUAAUGUGGGAUUUUUUCGAAGGUGAAGUCUUAAAUUGAUCCAGAAUUAUUUGUUUAAACAACUAACAAAUGUUUUUCUUAUAUUUGUUUAAACAACCAAAAGCACCUUUUUCUUCCGGUUUCCACCAGAUUCGAAUAUUCUAAAUCCAGAUAAUUUUAUCAGAUUUCUCCUCUCUGUCUGCGAUCCCUGAAUUGCUCUCCAAUGGCUGAUUCUGCCGCCGAUCAACUCUCUAACCUCGACAUUUCCGAGUUAAAUUGUCCUAAUCUCCAGAAAAACCUUCAAAUUCUCUCUCCUAAUCAUGUUGAAUUGGCGAAAGUGUUGAUUCGGAAUGGACAGAGUCAUUUGUUUGAUAAUUGGCCUGAACCUGGUGUUGAUGAUGAUGAGAAACGAGCCUUUUUCGAUCAGGUUGCUCGCCUUAAUGCCAGUUAUCCUGGUGGUCUGGUGCAAUAUAUAAAAAAUGCUAGAGAACUUCUGGCAGAUUCAAAGGCUGGAAAGAACCCCUUUGAUGGUUUUACACCUUCUGUUCCAACAGGUGAAAAUCUGACUUUUGCUGACGAGAACUUCAUCAAAUAUGAAGAGGCUGGCGUCAAGGAAGCAAAAAACGCUGCAUUUGUUCUUGUUGCUGGGGGACUUGGAGAACGUCUUGGAUACAACGGAAUCAAGGUUGCUCUUCCUUCUGAAACCUCCUCUGGAACAUGCUUCUUACAACUGUACAUAGAGUCUAUUCUUGCUCUUCAAGAAGCUAGUUGCAAACUAUCUGAAGGUGAACCUCAAAAGGAGAUUCCUUUUGCUAUUAUGACUUCUGAUGACACUCAUGCACGUACAUUGGAGCUGUUGGAGUCAAAUGCUUAUUUUGGAAUGAAACCAUCACAAGUCAUCCUUCUCAAGCAGGAAAAAGUUGCUUGUUUGGCUGAUAAUGAUGCCAGGCUUGCUGUGGACCCACAAAAUAAGUACAGAAUUCAGACAAAGCCUCAUGGCCAUGGUGAUGUACAUUCACUUUUGUAUUCAAGUGGUCUUCUAAACAAAUGGCAUGAUUCUGGUGUAAAAUGGGUUUUGUUCUUUCAAGAUACAAAUGGACUUCUCUUCAAGGCAAUUCCAGCAUCAUUGGGAGUCAGUGCCAUUAGACAGUACCAGGUUAAUUCUCUUGCUGUUCCACGAAAAGCAAAAGAAGCUAUUGGAGGCAUUGCUAAGCUUACACAUGCUGAUGGGAGGACAAUGGUGAUCAACGUUGAGUACAAUCAACUUGACCCUCUGCUCCAAGCAACUAUCAAUCCUGAAGGAGAUGUCAACUCUGAGAAUGGGUUUUCACCUUUUCCCGGAAAUAUUAAUCAGCUAAUAUUGGAACUUGAAUCAUACAUUGAGGAACUUCAGAAGACAGGAGGUGCCAUCAAAGAGUUUGUUAACCCAAAGUAUAAGGAUGCUACAAAAACUUCCUUCAAGUCUUCUACGAGAUUGGAGUGCAUGAUGCAAGAUUACCCUAAGACUUUGCCUCCAACUGCAAGGGUUGGGUUUACCGUGAUGGACAUAUGGCUUGCUUAUGCACCUGUGAAGAACAAUCCUGAGGAUGCCGCGAAGGUUCCAAAGGGUAAUCCAUACCAUAGUGCAACUUCUGGUGAAAUGGCUAUCUACAGGGCACACAGCCUUAUAUUGAGAAAGGCGGGUGUCCAAAUCGAUGAUCCAAUAAUGCUUGUGUUUAAUGGACAAGAAGUGGAGGUGUGGCCUCGGAUUGUGUGGAAGCCAAAAUGGGCACUUACAUUUUCAGAUGUAAAAAGAAAAAUCAAAGAAAAUUGCUCCAUUUCACAGAAGUCUACCAUGGUUCUCAAGGGCAAGAAUAUACUCAUUGAAGAACUUUCCUUAGACGGAGCUCUUGUUGUGGAUUCAAUUGAUGAUGCAGAGGUGAAAGUGGAAGGUUCGGUGCAAAACUCGGGUUGGAUCUUAGAAAAUGUUGAUUAUAAGGACACUUCGAUUCCUGAAGAAAUUAGGAUUAGAGGGUUUAAAAUAAAUAAGGUGGAGCAACUUGAAGGAAAUUUCCAUGAACCUGGAAAAUACUCCAUGAAGCCUUGAUGCAUUUUCUUUUACUUAAUAAAGAUAAAAUUUUAGUUUAGUGUGUGAGGUUCCCAUAGCUUUCUUCAACUGUACAUUUAUUCAUUCAUUGUAUGCCACCUUAAAAAUUGGUCAAAAGGGAGCUUAAAAAUUGUUCUUGUAGAUGAAUACUCAGCUUGUGGUUCAUUCGUUAUAGUUCAUUCAUUAUAGGUUUUUCCCAAGUACACAUGCAAACAUGACAGUAUAUACUUCGUACAUUUUUUUCAAGUUCGUGGAA